AUGACUACUAAACCGAUAUUUGUUGUUGAUAAUGGAGCAUAUAUGUCAAAAUCAAAGAUGAAUACAACAGAUAAAUCAAAAAUUAUUCCUAAUUGUAUAAUGAAAUCAAAAUUUUAUCCUCGUCGUACAUUUAUUGCUGAUCAAAUUGAUAAUGAAUGUCCGAAUAAAACAAGUCUUUAUUAUCAAUUACCAUUUCAAAAAGGUUAUUUAGUCGAUUGGAAUAUUCAAAAACAAGUAUGGGAUUAUUUAUUUGGCAAAAUACCAUUUAAAACAACUGGUUUAUUAAUGACAGAACCAUGUAUGAAUUUAAAUUUUAUUCGUGAAACUAUGGAUCAAAUUUUUUUUGAAGAAUAUGAAGUUGCAUCAUUUGCACGAUAUGAUCCUGCUACAUUAAGUGCAUAUCAAUAUGAACAAGAUAUGAAAUCAAAUUAUGUUCUUGUUAUUGAUUCUGGUUUUUCAUUUACACAUAUUGUUCCAUUUUAUCAAGGAAGAAAAUUAUUUGAUGGUAUGACAAGAAUUGAUGUUGGUGGGAAAUUAUUAACUAAUCAAUUAAAAAGUGUUAUUUCUUAUCGACAACUUGUAGUAAUGAAUGAAACGUAUAUUAUUAAUGAAUUAAAAGAAAAUAUAUGUUACGUUUCAUUGGAUUUUCAAGAAGAUAUGAAAAAAGCACGUUUACCAUUAUCUGAAAAUUCAAAUUCUCUUGAUUACAUCUUACCAGAUUAUAAUGAAAUUAAACAAGGUUAUGUUCAAUCUUCAUCAACAUCAACAUUUAAUGGUAAUAUUGCUGAUAGUUCAAAAAAGAAUUUAACAAAACAACAACAACAAAUUGUACGAAUGAAUGUUGAACGUUUUACUAUUCCGGAAAUACUUUUUCGACCAUCGAUUAUUGGUAUUGAUCAAGCUGGAAUUGCUGAAUCGAUUUAUAAUUCUGUUGAACAAUUACCUGAACAUAUUCGACCAAGUCUAUAUAAUAAUAUUUUAUUAACAGGUGGAAAUUGUUUAUUUCCAAAUUUUAAAGAACGUUUAGAAAAUGAAUUACGUUCUAUGAUUAAAGAUGAUUAUCCAAUUCGAAUAACACUGCCAGAAAAUCCAAUAACAUAUGCAUUAAAUGCUGGAGUUACAUUAACAAAUUCAUCUGAUUAUAUAAAUUAUUGUGUAACUAAACGAGAAUAUGAUGAACAUGGUGUAUCUAUUUGUCAUCGAAAAUUUACGGAUAAUCCUUGA